CCGGCGCGAUCCCCUCGGAGCCGAGCGGAGCGGAGCGGCGCGGCCAGCCUGCGAGCCGGCGGAGUCCUCGCUGCUCUCCGGUCCCUGCCCGCGCUCCGGACCUUGGCCGCCCCGAGCGGACCCUGGAGCAAAAUGAUGAUUCAGCACCCAGGCCAGGUCUCUGCCUCGGAAGUCAGUGCCUCCGCCAUCGUCCCCUGCCUGUCCCCUCCUGGGUCACUGGUGUUUGAGGAUUUCGCUAACCUGACACCCUUUGUCAAGGAGGAGCUGAGGUUUGCCAUCCAGAACAAGCACCUUUGCCACCGGAUGUCCUCAGCGCUCGAGUCGGUCACGGUCAACAACAGAGCCCUGGAGACGCCAGCCAGAAAAGCGGAGGUAGCUCCGGAAGAAGAUGAGAGGAAAAAAAGGCGACGGGAAAGGAAUAAGAUUGCAGCUGCCAAGUGCCGCAACAAGAAAAAGGAGAAGACAGAGUGCCUGCAGAAAGAGUCAGAGAAGCUGGAGAGUGUGAAUGCCGAGCUCAAGGCCCAAAUUGAGGAGCUGAAGAAUGAGAAGCAGCACUUGAUAUACAUGUUGAACCUGCACCGGCCCACGUGCAUCGUCCGGGCGCAGCACGGGAGGACCCCGGAAGAUGAGAGGAACCUCUUCAUCCAGCAGCUCAAAGAAGGAACACUGCAGAGCUAAGCAGCGUGGAGGGGGCAAGUUGGGAGUCCUCACUGAUCCUCCUUUUCCAUCCAGAACUCUGAAGCCAUUGGAAAGCUGACUUCCUGUGCACCUCUAAAAUCCCAGCAGCUGAGAUCCACCGGGGCAGGAGGGCCCAUGACUGCGCUAGGCCACCCCACUCUGCCCCAGGGGGACCGUGGACCAGGGCAAGGGCAUCCUUUUCCUUAUCCAACUCCAGGACUUAGGCUUCACACCGGCCAGCCAUAGGUGUUCCAGGUGGCCCCGGGCUGGGGUCGUGCCCGUGUCUGUCUGGGUUCCAUGCAAGUCACGAAGCCCCCCACUGGCGCCCAUGCAGAGGUGUUGAACCUCGGUGGGUGGGGUGGGACCAUCUCCUCCACAAUGGCCAUCACUGUCGCUCCCAGGGGACAUGGAGUAAGAAUGUCUUAUCUAAGCUGUGUAAUGGCCAGCGGUGUGCUUUCUAGCGAGCAUGCUGUGGUGACCUGGAAGGACUGUGCACACGGCGUCCGUUUCAAACCAGGCACUGUGCUCUAGACGUGGCUUCCACAACACUGCUGUGACUGUGCCAGGACUUUCCUGACACCAGGCUUCAGGGAGCUUGGGGAUCUGUCUCCGUGGGCAUUGCCUCACAGAGGUGUUUGGGAGGCCAAUGUGAGCUUGCCAGUCUGGGGAGAGCAGAAUCGGCCUGCUGGCCAGCCAUGCCACUUUGUGCCCGGGUUCCCACAUUAAGGAAGAGUCCACGGGCAUGACAACAGGUCGUCAGUUGCAAACUCAGUUACAAUGUCACAGGAAGAAAGCAGAACAAGUUUAACUUCCAAAGGGUUAGGACUCUCUACUCAGUGACAGGGCAGGAGUUAUUUCUAGGCCAGAAGAUCCAAAAUAUCUUCCAUUUCCCUUUCCCUGUGGUCAGUAACCGCAAGUGGAGAUGUUUGAAGCUGGCUGGUGUCCCGGCUUUAGCAUUAUUGGGUGUUGAUGGUGUUGAUUUUGUCACGUAGUUGUUUUGGCCCAGAGCAUUUGUGACUGGGAGAUAACUCCCAUUAGCCACUGGGACUUUGGCUACUGUUAAAAUUCUGAUGUUUCUGUGAAAUCCUCAGAGUGUUUGAUUCUACUCAAUAGUAUUGUUACAAUUUUCUGUAAGAGGAAAUAUUACUUAUUUAUCCUGGUAGUCCAACCUGGCAGUCUAAUAAAUAUAAGAACCUAGACAUGGUA